GUCGUUGAUGUAUUUGGCAUAUAGAUCUUUUUGUAUCGCUCGAUAUCUAGUACCUCUGUUAUCUCUCUAACGGAUAUUAAUAAAAUCGAUGUUUUCAUCGCUACGCGAUUUCCUGGUAGCAUGAUCAUAAUUUUUUAAGAAGCACUAAACUUGCGUUUCAUCAGCUUGUUGCACAAAUAACAUUUCCAAUAUAUCAGGCACAUUUAUUAGAUCAGUGCAUAAGUUCUCUUGCCGGCUUUGCAAUUUUUCUUUAUUGAAAUGAAACAAUCACUACGACUUAAAUCAAAGUAUUUUCUAUGACUUUUUCUCAUUUUGUCAGCAACAUGCGAGUACCACGAAAGAAGGAGUCAUCUUUUGAGGCGAUCCAUUCAUCGACCUAUUGGCAAAAACUUAUUUAUGCAUCGAUCUGAUAAAUGCCUGGUAUUGGAAAUGUUACAUCAUACGUCAGGAAAUACCAGGCUGAUAAGUCAUUCACUAUUUUUCAUUAUUUUUCCUAAUGACAGAUUAAUGACGAAUUGAAGCAAAAGUUAUUAAAUGAAGAAGAGUCACACAAGCCACUUGCUUUUCUUAUUUUGUAUAUUAUACUUUCCCAAGUAUUAACAUAAUCAUAAUUUAAUUUUUAAAAAAUGCUAACUUGCAUUUCGUCAGUUUAUUGCACAAAUGCGCAGUAUAUAAAUGUCUGAUGUUAGGAAUGUUACAUCAUACGCACGUCAGGAAAUACCAAACUGAUAAAUCAUUCACGGGGUGUUCAUCAGUUUUCCUAAUGCGAUAGAUUACUUGACGACUUAAUUGAUUGAAGCAAAACUUGUUAUUAAAUAAAAAAGUUACAUAAGAUACUUAUUUUUCUUCUUUUUAUACUUUAUUAUACUUAAGAUAUAAAGUAUCUUUUGUGAUAAUGAUAUGAAAACUGCAAAACUAUUAAAAAUGAAACUAAGUUUAGACAGGUUUAAGUCUUCAUUAUCCUCUUAAGCCAUUACUCGUAUAAUUUAUAUAAUUCUUUAAUAUACUUUUUAAAUUAUUGCAAUGGAGAAAUUAAUUCUUUAUUUGAAAGUUUGUUGUUAGACGAAAGUGAUAUUAUUGGCAUACCCGGUACAUUCUAAUACUGUAUCUAAUAUUCUGCGUAUCAUCAUCAAGUCAAAAGGGUAAAUGGCACUUCGAGGAAUAGAUACAGCGGAAGAACAAAAAUGUUUUGGCGCCGAAACUGUAUACAAAACAGAGUUAUCGAUGAUUUAAAACGAUUUAAAAAAUAUCAAUUCCAACGUUAUAAGAAGCAGUUCGAAAGUUUUAUCCUUAUAAUUUGUCUUGAAAGUGUAUCAUCGACAAGUGUAAAGUGAAGAAAUAAAGAAACUAUUUCUGCAGAAAUACGGAAAAAGAUGAAGAUAUUAGCAAUAAGCAUACUUAUAUUCUGCGUUGUAACAGUGUCCUCAAAACCAUGGCUAUAUGGAUAUAUGGAUUCCCAUGGAAAGUGGUUUCGAGGCUGUAAAUUCUUUGACGAUGUCAAUUUAGGCCGACGGUAUCCCUUGCAACAUACAACUUUAACAUCAGAACCUACGUUUCCGGAGUGGGUGCAGUCGCAUUCAUUGCAAAACGAAAUACAAGAUAAUACCGGAAACAAAAUAAACGAAAAAAUCGAAGAUAACGUACGGAAUGAAAUAGACGACAAUGCCGAAAACAUGCCGCCACCAGAAAAAAUUAUAUUGACAAACGAAGAUAUUAAAUGAAUAAAUUAGUAAAGUAAUAAAAAAAAUUUUAAUUCCUCAGUGAAACGUACUUCAACAAUUAUACAGACGUUGAUGUGCGUCAUACGAAUGAAUCAUUGACAUUUUAUUCUUUCAUGGACCAACAAAAAUAGAAAAAUAAGAAGCAUAUUAGUUUUACCUUGUGCUUUUUUUAGCUUCAUCGUGUUGCGAACAAGGAAAACAAAGGAAUUUGAGAAAUUACGUAUUGAGCGUAGUCAUCAUAAUAAUCGAUAAUAAUAAUGAUCGAGAGUAAAUCCAUUCACCAGUUGAGAUACUACAACAGACUUUAUUUUAGUUAGGAAAAUAUAACAAACAGAUUUUAAAUCUCGACAGAAUUCAAACGAGUAUUUUCAAUGAACAAAAAUAUAUCUGCUUUAAUUAAUAUAAUUGAAAAAAAUAUUAUAAUUAAUUAAAUAUCUGUUUUUCACGCAAUUCUCACGUUAUACUGUGUAAAUAAAUAUCACAUAUGUUGAGUGUAAUAAAUAAUUAAGUAUCAUA